AUGGCAGGUUUUGUCAGGCGCAGUCAGAGCUGUGUCAUGCAGAGCUGUGUCAUGCAGAGCUGUGUCAUGCAGAGCUGUGUCAUGAAGAGCUGUGUCAUGCAGUUAUUAAGGGGAAUGCAGGGAACUAGGUGCAAGAAAAAGGGGACAAAGCAGACCGGAGCACAAGGAGGAGUGCAAGCAGGAGUGCAGGCAGGACGAAAAGGGAACACAGUCAAAGCAGGCAGGAGAACAAGGAAGAGUGCAGGCAGGAGAACAAACAAUAGUGCAGGCAAGGGGACAGACAGGAAUGCAGGUAAAGCAGGCAAGAGGACAAAAAGGGAGCACAGUCAAAGCAGACAGGAGAACAAGCAAGAGGCAGCAGCAGACAGGAGUGCAAGGGAGAACAAGCAGCGCAGGCAGUGCAGGCAGGAGGACAAGCAGGAAUGCAGGCAAAGCAUCCAACGCGCGCAGGAGGACGAGGAAGAGUGCAAGCAAGAGUGCAAGCAACGCGCGCAGGAGGACGAGGAAGAGUGCAAGCAACGCGCGCAGGAGCACAGGCGGAGCGCAGACCGGAGUGAAACGCGCAGUCGGAACCCAAAGGUCAAUCCCAGCAUCCGGCCGGAGAGAAGAGUGCUUGCCAGACUGACCACGGUCGCUCGGGGGCCCCUGGGGAGUGCUCGGGGGCCCCGGGGGAGUGCUUGCGAGUGCUUGCGGGGGAAUCGGCCUCGGGGCUGUCAUGGUCUGCUUGGCAGGGAUUGGCAUGGCGGAGAGAUGUUCCUUUCAUUGCGGGCGGAGCGGGGGCCGACAGAGGGUCCCGUUGUGGGGCGGCGGCGCGGGGCCCGGGGGAUUAGGAUGUGCCUGCGCUGGUGCGGCGACUGUGUUGUCCUGCUGGAGAUUGGGAGAACGUUCCCCAGGAGGAGCUGA